CCGGGGCCGAUCGCGAUCCCGACCCGGCUCCCGCGGCCCUCCCGGCCGUGGGGGCGCUGUUGCCGCGCGGUGCCGGGAGCGGCGCUCCGCCGCCUCCUCUCUGUGGUGCGGCCGGGCGGGGCCGGCUCCAGGCGGCCGCUCUAGCCCGGCGCCCGCGCGCUCCGCGCCGCUGGGGCUCUAUGGCGGGGGCCCCUGGGCGCGCACUCGAUGGUCGCGGCCCGCCCCCCCCGCCGGCGCCGCUUCCCUGAGGCGGGACCGGGCCGGGAGCGGGGCCGGGCGGGACCGGCGGCGGCUCCGGCGCUCCCCACGCGCGGCCCCGCGGGGCUCUGAGCUGAUGAUGGAAGAGGUGCACAAGGGCGGCAGCAGCAGCUCUGUGACGUCCCAGCCCUCAGCUGUACAAGGUACAACCCUGCAGGCAGCUCAGCUCUCUCAUAUUGCUCAACAGAUGUCUCUCCGGGGCUCCGCUCCCCUCACCGUGGUGCAGCUGCCGGGGGAGCAGGUGCAGGUGCAGGGGGUCAUUCAGACAGCUCAGUCCUCCUCUGUCAUCCACUCCCCUCAGGUGCACACCGUGCAGGUUUCUUCCUUGUCUGAGAGUGAGGAUUCCCAGGACUCCUCAGACAGCAUCGGCUCCUCUCAGAAGGCUCGGGGCAUCUUGGCCCGUCGUCCAUCCUACCGUAAAAUUUUGAAAGAUCUUUCUUCUGAAGACACCCGGGAUAGAAAAGGAGAUGAGGAAAGUCCUGGGGUGUCCACGGUCACCUCCAUGUCCGUCCCCACGCCCAUCUACCAGACAAGCACUGGACAGUACAUUGCCAUCGCUGCCAACGGGCUGCAGCUGGCGGGGCCGGGCGCGGACGGCGUGCAGGGCCUGCAGACCCUGACCAUGGCCAACGCCGGCAGCGCCCAGCCCGGCACCACCAUCCUGCAGUACGCCCAGACCUCGGACGGGCAGCAGAUCCUGGUGCCCAGCAACCAGGUGGUGGUGCAGACUGCCUCUGGGGACAUGCAGACGUACCAGAUCCGCACCACGCCCAGCUCGUCGUCGCUGCCGCAGGCCGUGGUGAUGACGUCCCCGGUGACGCUGACGUCGCAGAGCAGCAAGACGGACGACCCGCAGCUCAAACGGGAGAUCAGGCUCAUGAAGAACAGAGAAGCUGCCCGGGAGUGCCGCAGGAAGAAGAAGGAAUAUGUGAAAUGUUUGGAAAAUCGAGUGGCAGUCCUGGAAAAUCAGAACAAAACUCUAAUUGAGGAGCUAAAAACUUUGAAAGAUCUUUACUGUCAUAAAAGUGUGUAAAAAGAGAAGGUAAAAAACCUUUGGGGACUGGUGAAAUAUCAGAGGAGGAUUUUUUUUUUUUUAUACUGAAUUUUUUAAACUAGAUGAAAGGUCAAAAAUGAAACUUUUCUACCUAGAUUUCACAGCUCAAAGACUCUAUAGAUUUUCUUUACAACGUGUUGGUGACGAAGUCCAAACAGGAAACAAGAAAACCUCACCAAAAUUCCUGCUGGCACAACUGGAAACUGAUAAAUUCAAGAUUGCAGCUACGAGGCAGGUGAUGAGAGUUUCUUUGAAAAUUCCUCUGAACACCUCCAAAAAGGGAGGCAAAAUUUGGUUACAAAGAAAACGUGGAUGAAGCUGAAUCCUUGCCAUAGCUGACAUUAUUAGCAACGUUUAUAACCAGUAUAUGUUUUGAUUUCUUACUCUUUUUCAAGCCUUUUUCCUUCAGUUAUUUGUCUGUAAAUAUUUUUAUUUUAACCUGUAAGUUGGUAUUUACAGGUGCAGAUGAUAAAAAAAAGCUGAUCAUUUUGCUCGAGGUAUAAAUUAUGUUUUUACUCUUUCUCAGAUGACAAUUUCAAAAGUUGGGAUGAUUUUUUUUCCAUGUUUGCCGUGUUUGUCAGAUUGGGGAAGGAUCUGCAGAAGGCAGCAAGAGGCCUGGAAACGUCUGAGGCACAGAAAAUUGUGUUGAUUUUCUUAAAGAAUUCAAUACAUCAAUGAUUAUAAAGCACAUUGUGAGGGACGAGGACUGGUGACAAAAGUUCUGAAGAAUUUCUGAGAUUAAACUUCUGGAAGUUUUUAAUUUCACAAGAGUUUCUUCUUAGUUCUGGGCAUGAGAAACAUCAAUCAUUGAAAAUUAAAUUGUGUGCUGAUCAUAUCUGCAAUUAAACACUCAGUGCUUGUUCUGGGGAUUCUCCCAGGCUUUGGAACAUGAAACCAAAUAGAAGAAAAAUGAUGUAGUAAAAAAUGGAAGAUCUAUACCAAAGGGUUUGGAGGUUCUAAUCUCUGGUUUAUUGCUGGAAGUAGUGCAAAAUUUCCAGCCUAAUUUUGUAAGGUAGGAGCUAUUUUGCAAAGUAAUGGUGUCUUUGUAAGCAAAUAUUAUAUUGCAAACAGGGAGAUGGUUGGUAUAUUUUGUAGCUAAAUUGUGAUCUUUACAAAACCUGAAAUUGAGUUUCUAUACGUAUUUUGACAGUUUAUAGCUUUCAUUUUAGUAACCAAAAGAAAUAUUUUGUGAACCAGAUUUUCAAGGAUAUAUUUUUAUGGAUAGUACAAAGUCAAAUGAGAUCCUCUUUGGUGUAGGAGAUACUUGAAUUAAUUUUGUAUGUCUGUAGGCAACUUGCAGAAAAAAUGGAUCCUAAAGAGUAUUGUGGGAAAAAAAAAAGAGAAAAAAAAACCAAAUUAGGGCUUUUUACUCCCCAGAGUUGACAAUAUCUGCACAUUAGAUCUCAUUGUGUCAGAGAGUCCAGUCUGUAGGAUUUUAAUUUGUUUCAGGAUGGAAUUCCAAGCUGUGCUCCCUCCCUGGACGUGUAGUGCUUAUCCCAUGGUCACUCAGUACUUUUGAUUUUACUCCUUUGGGAAUGAAUGGACUUGGAGCAAGCAGAGCUCUUUGCCACGAGGCAUCUGCAUUCCACAAUCCUCUGGUUACUGGGCUAGAAAAGGAUUUAUUUUGUUCCCUGAAGUUCCUAAAUCUCUGGUUGUUGUGGGCACGAGUCCCAGUGCAUUUCCUUCAGGCCAGGCUGGGUUGUGACUCCUGCUUGCCAUCGUGUCAGAAAUAAAAAAGCUUUGUGACAAAUCACAAAUAAGAUUGGGGAAGUCCUAAACUGAGGGAGCUGCUCCUGGAGAGGUGUUUGCUGUUUCUUUGGUGGAAUUUCAGGAAAAUUGAAAUUUUCUCUCCUGUCAGAGAACUGGGCCCUUCCUCAGCUCUGUGUAACCUGACCUGCAGUUCUGAACUGCUCUGGGAACUCUGUGGUAGCUCAUCCUCACUGUGUUCUCUUUUUUUAUUUUUAUUUUUCUUUUGUAAUAUGGAACAAUAAUAAACAAAACCUAUCAAGUGUUAAGGCUGUAAAAACCUGGUAGCCAAUUCUUCUUGUAUCCAGCAAGGGGAGCAGCUGUCCUGCCAGACACACCAGGAGUCAGUUUUUAUACUCUUGAAAUAGUGUGGUGGAAAGAACAGCUGAUUUUUCAUCAUGGGAAUAUUAAACAGUAACACAAGUUCUCUCUUUAAGCACUGGUCAUGAAGUUCUUAGUUUGGGUUUACUUUAAAAUCUCGGUUUUAAAGAGUAAAAUCUCAUUCCUGAGGGUAAGACAUGAAGCAGCUGAUGCUGUUCUGCUGGUUGGUUCCAAACAGUCCGUGCUUUCCAUGAAUUGUAAAUAUUUGUUGAAACAAUUAAUGGUUGCAAAUUUUGAUCUUGGUAAAUAAAGUCGCUAAAAUAUUAUAA